GUACGUUACUCCCACAACGCUAACAGCGAGGCAGCAAAGAUUGAGCCCGACCUGCUCUCACUUCUUAAGGACUUAAAACAAAAUAAUCAUUUAAACAACACUUUACUGAUAGUCAUGGGAGAUCAUGGCAAUCGCUAUGGCAAAGCACGUACGUUGAUGCAGGGAAAACUAGAAGAAAGACUUCCACUAUUUUCAUUGACAUUUCCAUCAUGGUUUCUAGAAAAAUAUCCAGGGAUUUCCAAGAAUCUGAAAAUAAAUACCAAUCGUCUGACGUCAUGGUAUGACGUGUACGCUACAUUUCGUCACAUGAUUAGUUACCCAGACGUCCCUACAAACCUGAAACAUGGUCAAAGUUUGUUUACAGAAGUUCCUUCAUCACGCACCUGUGCUGAAGCUAGUGUUGAAAAACAUUGGUGUCCAUGUUUAGAGUGGGCAAGUGUAGCUCCAGGACAUAGUCAUGUAAACAAUUCAGCACUCGCGGCAGUAGAGUUCAUGAACAAUGCUAAUCUUGAACAUCAACUGAGCGCUAACAACUGUCGAAAGUUAACACUGAAAGACAUAAACUACGCUUUGUUAGAACGACCAAAUGACAAACUUUUAUCAUUUAAACAAACAAAUGAUUUACUGCCCGCAUUUAGCAAUAAAUCAAGACCGCAUCAUAAAGAUUUUUGUCGCUAUCAAAUACAGUUCACGACCUCCCCAAAUAACGGCAUAUACGAAGCAACAGUACGAUAUCACAAGGAAUGGUUUAUUGUAAGCAAGGGUAUUAGUAGAGUGAACAAAUACGGUAAUCAACCAGAAUGCAUCGCGAGAGAUCUACCACAUUUACGAAAAUUUUGCAUGUGUAAAAAGAAAGCUGUUAAUGCGCAUGCAUCCAAAGAUAUCUUUCUGGUUCUUGUAAAAUGUAGUUAGCAACUAUACUUCAUACUAGCUUGGUAUCUAUUUGUAAUUUUUAUGUCAAUUUUAUUAAUUAUUUAACUUAAUUAAUGUUUAAAAAACCUUUUGUUUUUGAUUAAGUUACUGAUUUUAAUUUAUUAGUCUUGUGUAUGUGUGAAUAAAAAUUGUGAUUUUAAGUUAAGGAUAGAUACGACAACGUUUAGACAGAUUUUACUCGAAAUUCGAGAUGGCGGAUUUGAACCAGAAAUGUACUAAUAUGGUUGAAUAAUUUAUUUAUUUAUUUUAUUUACCCCAAAACAGGAAGGGCGCACCCACAGAGCCGAAGCUCCAAUAACGGGUUCCCCGCGUGAGUUGUAAAAUACAUAGAAAUAUUGUAUACAAAGAGUUAAACACUAAAUAGUGCAUCACAACAAAAAA